AUGAGUCCUGAGGAAUUAAUUCUGGAUUUGGAGUUGCAUAAACAGCACAUCAAGCAAAAGCAAGUGUUCAUCUUAGCAGGACAAAGCAACAUGCUGGGGCGUGGAGGAGUCACCAAAACGACAUCGUACAGUGGGGAACAAAUCAAAGUAUGGGACGGGGUGGUGCCGCCGGAGAGCCACCCAAAUCCGGCGGUUUUCCGGCUGGAUGGAGAACUCCGGUGGGAGUUGGCACGUGAGCCCCUUAGCCAUGGAAUCUACUGCAAAAUCACGUGCGGUGUUGGGAUCGGAAUGGCCUUUGCAAAUAGGCUCCUGGAAAUGGACCCUAACUUCGGCGUCGUGGGUUUGGUUCCCAGUGCCGCCGGCGGGACUUCCAUUACCAAUUGGUCCGGCGACUCUUUCAAUAAGCCCUACAAAGUGUUGGCCAAGAGAGCUAAAUUUGCAGUCAAGAGUGGAGGGAAUCUCAGGGCAAUUUUUUGGUAUCAAGGAGAGACUGAUACAAGAUGGUCUCGCAACGCAAAAAACUACAAGAUUCAUCUCCAAACAUUCAUUCAUAAGAUUCGCAAUGAUCUAGGUUUACCCACCCUUCCUUUUUAUCAGGUAAUUAUUCCACGUUUGAAAAAGCCAUUUCAGGGGCCAUAUGUGGAAGAGGUAAGAAAAGCUCAAAUGGAGACUAAUGCCACCAAUUUGAUCAAAAUAGAAGCAGAAGGAUUACCAAUUGGAGCUGAUGGGGUUCACUUAACAACGGAGGGUUACAUUCAAUUAGGACAUAUAUUAGCCGACACAUUCCUUAAAACUAACUCCAAAUUAUUGAGGAACGAAACUGUUGUUUCAAUCUAUAAUAGUUCGGAUUAUAAAGUAGCUUCCUAUUCAUCAUAUGCUGGAUUUUACACUCUGGCACUUAGAUUAAUGGCCAAAUGGCUUCCACGAACAUCCAUUUGA